CUCCGGAUCACAAAUCAGUUUGUUUGUGGACUUAGAGGUAGCCGGUCGUGUUUCUGCUCCGAGAAGAGAGAAAGAAACGGAAAACGAGAUUAAGAACGAUCCGCAAGAUACAGUGAAAGUGUGCCGACACAGAUACGGAUACCUAGAGAUAGCUAUCUUACAAGAGCGACACAUAUAUAAAAGCCAGCCAUGGAGGGCCUGCCGCGAGCACUAAACUACGAGCUUUCGCACGACCUGCAUUUCGAUCACUACGCCGGCGCCGCCGCCCAACAGAUCCUCACCAGCGGACGCAGUUCCCCCGUUGUCGAGGCCUCCUCCACGCCCACAAUUAGCACGCUCGACGCACUGGCCAACAGUGACUUCCUUAAGCAGAUUGGCGCCCAAAUACUCAGCUCCAUUCAGCUGAAGCAUCACCUUCCUGCAAGAAACUCCAGCUCCAGCAACGCGGAAGAGAUCAUGGAUUUCGAUCUGGCCAACCGUGUGGUGCUGGACAGCAGCAGUGUGGAUCAGCUGCAGCAGCAGCUGGAGUACGACAAGUUCAUGAACGAGGUGUGGAUUGGCAUCGUCUUCACCCUGAUCCUCAUCUCGAUGGUGUUCUGCAUCUGCUCCUGCUUCCUGUACCAUCAGUUCCGAACCUGGAAGCGCAAUUAUCACAACAAUUCAAAUGGCUCAACGCAGUGCACCAUUGUGGACAUUGAGGCGUUGAAGCUGCAUCCGGAGGCCGAGGAUCCGGUGCCGGAGUACACUCUGGUAUCGGGUCUGCCCAGCUACGAGGCGGCUCUCGAGCUGCUGCAAAAGUCGCCGCAGUCAUCGUGCCUGAUUGUCUAUCCGAGUGUGUUCAAUGUGUUCAAUAAGCAGGAAAGGAGCAGCAGUAACAUCCAGGAGGUGCCCGUACAGCCUGCUGCCCCCACAGUUGAGAGCUUGGUUAGCCAGCAAACACCUCCUCUUCAGCUGUGUGAGGUCACCAUGCCGCUGCUGCCAGCAACUGCAACAUCAGCACCAUCAGCAGCAGCAAUAGCAACAGCAACACCAACAGCCGCCGCAACAUCGCCCACAUGCGAGACUAAGCCGAACUUUGUGUUGAUGCCAAUUGUGCCCAGUUAUGCAGAGGUAUUCGGCAGCUCCUACAAAACCGUCGACGAGAAGAAGAAAUCCAAGGCGAAAGACGAUUUCAAGCGGUGAAGCCUCAAACUCACGGAUACCGAGCCCAAACUGUGAUAUUUUCCUUCGUUCAUGCUCGAGAGAUACAUGCAUUAUAUAAUACUAAGCGCUGUGAUUAUCAAAAGACGUUACUAAACCGACAACAGAUUGUACUUAAUGUAACACUGAUUCCCAUAUUGUCAUUAGGGUUAAGUAGGCCACAAGCUAAUUAUUAAUAAAUUAUACAUGAAUUUAACAAACUA